AUGGUCGCUCUCUUGAAUAUGUUGAAUGCAAAUCUUCCUUUGUUUACUUGGGUAGUCCGACCAAAGAUGACCAAAGCUCAAUCGCCGACCCGGGCUCGGCCGGAGCUGAUUUUCAAACUCUCAACCGAAGUUCAAGCUUUCAACGCAGUUUGGAAGCGUGCUUGCAUUGUUGCACGUCGCAAGGUUCGCAUGUUCGAUGCGUGCAUUGGUUCCCGGCGGUUGUACGGCCUGCACACAGCUUGGCCGAACAAACGUGUAUUAGCAUGGAGGUGCAACGUCGCCGGAGAGGCGCCCGAGCUGCACGAGGUCCUCGCGGACGUGCGAUGGCAGCUUCCGCCGGUUGGCAGCCGCCGGGGGCCUCGACAUAGUGAGCUGGCACGAGCGCCUCCGCAGGACCAGCAGCAGACGAGGAUGCCUUUCUGGCCACGCGCGCGCCAACAAGCGACCGCUACUGGCCGGGGCACUGGACGGGGCCGGCGCGGACGUGGGCGCGGAGGAGGAACCGCAGCUUGCCCCGAUGACCUUCCGCCGCCUCCCCCGCAGCCACCCCCCACUCGGCGUGGGCAAGCCAAUGCGACUGCUGAAGCUGGCAUGCGGCGCGGCUUUGUCUCCCUGGAUGCGGUCAAUCUCCAAGCCAGCUGCCGCCAACGGGUCUUCACGCUGCAAGCAGCCCCAGCCCGCAUCCGUGGAGCCCUGCGUACUGCACUGCGCACCGGCCUACGGCUCGCAGUCCACCCAGCAGCUCCCGAGGAUGCCGCGCGGGGUUGGAAGCUUUUCUGCCUCGCUCCCCGCAUGCUCCUGUUCCGCUCGCCGGGUGAGUCGCGCAUUCCGCCGGCAGAGCUGGACAGGCGGUGCGAACUGUUCCGCGCCGGGCAGUGGUCGGACCUCCUCCGCCAAUCCGCCGCGGCGGCAGGGACACGGGCGCGCCGUGCCGCCGCCCUUGUCCACAUUGGGGAGCUGUCCGCCGCAGGGCAUGCCCUCACUGCUCAACCAAAAGCCGCUGGCACCCUUGACACGCUCGCCGAGCUUCGUGACCCGGAGCGGCGGCCCCCCGUGCCGUAUGCCCCCGUGCCCGACGGCGUCCUCGGACACGUGCCUGCAGAGACAUGCCCGCUGCCCCUGCAAGACUUCCUCCGGGGCCUGCGGAGUGCACGACGGGGCUCCGCAGCCGGGCCUUCUGGCACCACCAACGAGCACCUCCGCAUCCUCUUGGACGACGAUGAAAAUGCUCGCCUCCUGCAUGGCGCCGCCGUCCGGCUCGCCAAUGCAGACGUGCCUUCCGAGGUGCUUGAGGGAAUCCGGGUCGGACGCCUAGUCGCCCUUCAAAAGCCCAACGGCCGGGUGCGUGCUCUUGCGGUUGGCGACGUCCUGCGUCGUCUCGUCGGCCGGGACCGGCUCCUCGAACGCAUUCCUGCCGUCGAUGACUUGCAGGCAGGGUGGCUCCUCCUGCGCUCCUGCGCCGCCACACGCGCGAACUACCUUUUGCGCAUCCUCCCCCCCCACCUCACCGCCGAGUAUGCAGCGGAGCAUGACGCAGCCGUCGCUCGGUGCCUCACAACGCUGCUGGAACAAGGGGCGCGGCGACGCAAGCCCAAGCACACUUGCGUGACCUUGGGUACGAAGCACCGGCCGGAAAAUCAGGGGCUGCACAGCCAGCAGGCUUGCAAGAAGGUGAAGACCUUUUCUAUCUCCGUUUGCAAUUUUUUUUUCGAUGGCCUUCGUAGCAUCUUCAUGUUGCACAGUAUGUGCAUCUGGGUGAUCUCGGACGGAGAGAUUGACGGCAACUUCUACAGCGCAUGCCUGGCCCCCGGUGCAUGGGCUUUGGGAUCAUGCAUUCUCGUUGCCGUGGUCAGCGAACCCACUUGCAGCGCCGGGGAUUGUGAAGAGAGCAACAUCCUUCAAGCUUGGAACAUGAAGCCCGAGCUUUCUGUGAAUGAAACACAGGCUGAGAGCGUGGCGGUUUGUGGAAAUGCUACCGGGUGUCCCAGUCGUGGCUGUUGGUUCUUCCCCUUCACAUUUGCGAGGGACUAUGAAUGUGUCUAUGUGGUGCUGUGGCCUUUGGCUCCUACCAAGGUGAUGUAUUGCCAUGACGGCAGGCUGUACAAGUGUGGUAACAAGCCCGAGGCGACUUGUCAUGACUUCCAAGCCCCCGAUCCAUGUGUCACAACAACUGCCACCACUACCACCGCCGCCAACCCCUCUUCAACCACAACAACUGGUGUCGCCGCCACGACCACCGCCACGACCACCACCACGACCACCACCACCACCACCACCACCACCACCACCACCACCACGACCAGCACCACGACCACGACCACUACCUCGACCACCACCACGACUACGAAGGAAGAGGUGUUCAUGCUGAGGACUUCAUGGCAUGAUGAGGUCGCGUGCCUCGGCACUUUGGAAGAGUAUCAAGUGUUGGUCGGCAGAUGUCUUGGUCUCGAUGACCAGCGCUUCAGCUAUGAAGAUUAUCAGCUGAAGGUUUUGGGUGACAAGUGUGUAUCGGUCAGGGCAUUCUCCAAAACCCUUGCAAGCAAUGAGUUCAAUGAGCUCAAUCAGACUCUCCGUGACGAGUCUUCCGCCUUGGAUGCGGUGCUUCAAGACUGUUCUGAAAUUGAGGAGUCUCAAUAUAUUACUUUCGAUGCAGACGGUACCAUUGGCUUCCACCACAACGAACAAAACUCUCCUCUUUGCUUGGACUGGGAUGUGGAUGGAUUGUUUCGCACCAACAAUGCCUACUUCUACCAGUGCAACGGACAGGAGAACCAAGUUUGGGCCAAGAUUCAACCGGCUGCGGAAGUUUUCUACACUUUCUUUGAAAACCUCUACGAGAACACGCACUGCUUGGCGUUCGAGGGCCAGGAGGUGAAGGCUGUUCCGCAGGGGGAUGACUGUCCGAAGUGGCAAUGGAAUCUUCAGACCGCUGCUUUGGUGCUUGGAGACUUGUGUCUCACGAUGUCCGACUUCCCCGAACUCUUGACCAUGAACGAGACAAUGAAGAGCGUGGUCAAAGAGGAUGCCACACUCCAGGAAUGCGACGGCUCCGAAGCUCAGAAGUUCAUCUAUACUUCCGAAGGGAUGAUUCAACCUCGGGGACAAGACCUUUGCCUAGACUGGGAUGUGGACGGCCUCUUCAUCAAAGACAAUGUUUACUUCUACACGUGCAAUUAUCAAACCAAUCAACUCUGGAUACCGCCUACAGGUUCUUGA